AUGCGUGCCCUGGCGGUGCUGAGUCUGCUGGCGGCGGUGUCCCCGCUGGACCCGGCGCUCGCCCAGAAGGACGUCUACGACUUCGUCAUCGUGGGCGGCGGGUCAGCGGGCUGCGCGCUGGCCUCACGCCUCUCCGAGAUCCCCGAGUGGUCGGUGCUGCUCAUAGAGGCCGGCGGCGAGGAGAGCAUCUUCAACCAGGUGCCGAUGCUGGUGUCGUACACGAUCCCGACGGCGUGGAACUGGGGCUACCGCACGGAGCGGUCGCCGGGCGCUUGCCUGGGGCUGCGAGACCAGCGCUGCAUCUGGCCCCGGGGCAAGGUGCUGGGCGGCACCUCCGUCAUCAACUACAUGCUCUACACGCGCGGCUCGCGCAGGGACUACGACCUCUGGGAGGCGCUCGGCAACCCGGGCUGGGGCUACAACCAGGUGCUGCACUACUUCAAGAAGUCUGAGGACCAGCGCAACCCCGUGCUGGCAGCCAGCCCCUACCACUCGACGGGCGGCCCGCUGACGGUGGGGGAGGCGCCCUACCACACGCCGCUCUCCAGGGCGUUCCUGGAGGCGGCCGCCUACCUGGGGUACCCGCUGAGGGACACCACCUCAGACCCCAACCACGGCUUCCAGUUCAUAGAGGGCACAACCCGAGCUGGGCAGCGGUGUUCCAGCAACAAGGCCUUCUUGUCGUCCAAAGUGCGCCGCCGACGCAACCUCACCAUCUGGCUGCGAACCAGGGCCCUCAAGAUCAUCAUGGAGAACGGCCGUGCCGUGGGUGUGCAGGUGGCCCGCAAGAGCCGCGCCCCGGCCGUGAGGGAGGUGCGGGCCCGCCGCGAGGUCAUCCUGUCCGCGGGGACCCUCAACGACCCACAGCUGCUGAUGCUGUCCGGCAUCGGGCCCAGCCAACACCUGCGCGAGCUGGGCAUCCCAGUGGUGGCGAACCUGUCCGUGGGCUACAACCUGCAGGACCACGUGGGCAUCGGCGGCAUCACCUUCAUGGUGAACGAGACGGGCGUCGGCCUGACGGAGGAGCAGCUGCGGGCGCUGCCCAACCUGGCGGCCUGGAUCACCAGGGGCCAGGGGCCGCUCACCGUGCUGGGCGGCGCGGAGGCGGUGGGAAUCUUGAAUUCGUCGCACAACGAACGAGGUCAGGACUGGCCCGACCUGGAGCUGCUGUUCGCUGGAGGCUCCACCAACGUGGACGAGGGCGGCCUCAAAAUGGCGCACGACCUCUCGGAUGAGGUCUACGACAAGGUGUACCGGCCUAUCAAGGGCCAGACGUCCUGGACCAUCUUCCCCAUAGGGCUGCACCCGCACAGCCGCGGCCUGGUGCGCCUGCGGUCCCGCAACCCGUACGACGCGCCGCUCUUCUACCCCAACUACUUCGCGGACCCGCGCGACGUGCGCGCCAUCGUGGAGGGCGCGCAGCUGGCGGUGCGCUUCUCCAGGACGCCGGCCAUGCGCCGCUACGGGUCGCGUCUGCACGACGUGCCCAUCCCGGGCUGCGAGCGGAUACCCUUCGCCACCGACGCCUACUGGGAGUGCCAGCUGCGGCACUACACCAUGCUCUUCCACCACCAGCUGCCGGCCGGCGAGGCCGACAGCCCACCGGCGAUGACAACACUGCCGGGAACCUACGCCGCCGUGGCACGCGAACGGCCGACUGUCUCCUCAGCCCCUGAAUCGUGUGCAAAUACAAAUUCUCCAAACACUGAAAUUCCAAUGGACGUCAGUGCCGUCAUAGCUGACGACCUACAAGAGUCCCGCCAAUCUACGGAAACAGUUGAAGUUCCACCGACACAGGCACCUGCAAUUGUAAAGGCAGCAGAUCCGCCGGAAGCUGAAGACCGACACACCUUGCAGGAAAGCGACACUAACGUUGAUACUGAAGAAAGUCCGUCGAGAGGCAAUUCUCCGAAGAAAAAUAAGAAACGCCGGCUGGCGCGCAAAGGUGCAGAGGAGACAGCUCCCACACUCCGAAAAAAAGCGAAGGAAAUAGGUAGUACCUUACGCCAACAGAUCUGUAGCAACACGAAAGCGACACCAGUUUCUGUGGAGCGUUCCCCUUCUGCGCUGGAAAAACGAGACGUCCAAGGAAAGCCAACAAAGAAAGCAUCCAACGACCCUCAAGAAACGAGUCACUCUCAUGAAGCUUCACUCGUCCCACCCACGACGACAACCUCAACCAGCUGGGCAGACGAAAGCGACUAUAACAAUGCCGACGCUGAAAUGACAGAAGUUUCAGAAACUCAGACAGACUGUAAGCUAGCCCCACAGGUGGCUGAUUUCUUCAACGACGACGUCUCCGCGAACGAACAUUCUAAAGAACAAGGACACACCGCUGAAACAUUUGCUACCGGUGAAUAUUAUUAA